AUGGAAAUUGGUAAAAAUAUAAAAGUGAGAGACCACCCAAGUCCGAAUAAUGUUACGCUUAUGGGAAAUAAAACGGUAUUCGUAUUAGAAGAUUAUUAUAAAACGACUAAAAAAAAUGAUUAUGUCGGACAGGCAAACAUAAACGAUCCAACGGUUGUUAAAAAAAAACAUUUAAAUUGCAUUUGUAAAUUAUCUACGUGUAAAUGUUCGACAAUUGACGACCCGGAAAAAUGGUUCGUGAAAACGUAUUUGAAUAAAAAUAGUAAAAUACAUUCGGGAAAAUACUACAUAAGUAAUAGGACGUUUCAUUCGCCAAAAAUAAAUACGUUAGAUUAUUCGGACAUGAUAAAUCGAAAUUUAGGAGGUGUACGGAAAAAUUGGGGUAACGCAUUCGAUUAUAGAUUUGAAGAAAACUACAAAAUGACUAAAAACCGUUACCGUUUUUUACCGAUGAGUAAUUAUAAUAAAAAAAAAAUUAUCAAUUUUGAAAAAAAUAUAAAUUUUAAAUGUGAAUGUUUAAAAUGUAGAUUUCAACCUGAUAAAACGAAACGUGAUUUGAUAUUAUUUUGCUCACAAUGUGGUCCUAUAAAAUCUAAUUCGCCCAACGAAUAUAAUAAUUUUACUAAAAUUUUACAUAAAAAAAAUAAUAAAUUAAAAAUAAUAACAAAUUUUUUACAAAUAACUUAA